GGAGAGGACGAAGCGACCGAGGGGAAGGGGCCGGGUGGCCGGCGGUGCUGCAGCCAGCCUCCUGACGCAGGACGAGGCGCGCUGCCCCGUGUGUCGGGACAUCUUUAUGGGGCCCGUUACCUUGCUGUGCGGCCAUUCGGGGUGCUUGGCCUGCUUCAGGCAGAAGGUGGAGCGCAGCAGCCUGCGCUGCCCACUCUGCCGGCUCCGGGUGUCCGGCUGGGCCCGCCAGCAGCCCCGCGGCCAAACGCUGCGCGACAACGGGCAAUGGGACGGGGUACGCCGGAGCUAUCCGAAGAGGUGGCGGCGGAGAAUGGAGUAGCGGGAGGGGGAGGCCCCGGCCGAAGUGAUAUUCAGAGCUCCGGUCCACAUAUGCAAGCAAGGAGAAAAGCAGCAGGAAUAUACCAAGACGAAGAAAAGGAUGGAGUUGGAGCAGCAGAAAGGUGAAAAGGUAUCUGAACAACGACUGCAGAAGAUCCUCGAGGUGGACCGGAGACAGGUGGAGAUUAAAGCUGGACUGAGACCUGAAGACUCGGCGUCGGCAGAAAUGAGCGAGGAAAAGCAAAGGCCACAGGGUCACCUGAGACAGGAGGACAGCGUGUCUCUGAAGCACCGUCACAAUUCUUGGUGCGGGGUGCUGUCUGACUCAGAAAACGAGGAGCCCAUUGGAAGAAGGACGAGACACGUUUCUGCAUUUGUCCGCAAGAUCCGGAGCCCGCCUGCCAGUCGAAUUCUCCAGAACCGGCCGGGUCAGAGGAGCAAAAGCUGCACCGACUCUGAAGAUGACAGACUGAAGAACCGCGGCCCCCUGCUGCUUGCCAGCGCCCCCAAGGUCUCAGUGGGCUAUAGCCACAAUGCUGGAAUCCUGUUGUCCUCUGAGAACAGCCGGUCCCUCUCGGCACCCAUUCUAGUCACUGAUAAAAGGAACACAUGCAGAGGCAUGGCUGCUGCGGCUGGCUCCACGUUCGUGGCUCCACCAACCAAAGUCGAGAGGUCUAUCAGCCCCGAGAGCAACGACAGCAUCUCCGAGGAGCUGAACCACUUCAAGCCCAUUGUUUGUUCACCCUGCACUCCACCGAAAAGGCUGCCCAAUGGGCAAGUGGUCGAGCCCACCAUAGUGAAAUCCACCCCAAGAAACCUAACCCGGAGUCUGCAGAAGCACACUAGCUACGAGGCCAGCCCCACCAUUCUCCAGAAAUGGAAGCAGAUCGAGAUGGACCGGCAGGGCUCCAAGUUAACCUCGAAGGGGACCGUCACAAGUCCUCUUGCAGAGGAUUUUAAGCUUCGCGAAAGUCCCGCCGAGAAGAAGAGAAAAAUCCAUAGAACUUCGCUGGAGGAGAGUACGCGAAAAGAGGGCCGUACUCUUCCCACAUCAAAAAGCGAUACCUCUGGGCGCAAAGGCGAGAGAGAGUCGUACAACAGGCGUCGAUUGAUAUUUGAUCAGUCCCCUGGGGAGCCAGGACUUUCCCUCACACAACCAGGCAAAGUAUAUACAACUAGGGUUGCCAACUCCGUACGUGGGACCUAUGAUGCAGCUCAGGGGAAAGUGUCAGAACCUGUUAGAUGUGAUGGACCGACCUCAAGCCUUCUCGUUGACGGGGAACCGUCCGAACCGGCAGUGUGCAAUCGAAGGGCAACUGACACCCAGGACAUGAGCAGAGUGUCACAUGCCAGAAAUGACAUGAAGAGCCGACCUACCUCCUGGAGGGGCAGAAAGAGAAGCCAAAAGACCAAGCACCUGGAAGACGUCGGAGUAGCGAAAAAUCCCAAGAUGCAUGGCGACAAUGGCCACUCGGCCCCUCAGUUUGACGGAGACUGCUGGCUGAGCCACCGGCUGCAGCAGGAGAAGGAGGACCUUGAGCUGGCUCUGAAACUGCAGAGACAGUUCAACAGGGAGUUUGAAAACGUGGACCGGCAAAAAACAAGCCAUGAGAGGUACCUUCUCCGCUCCUGGGCUUCUGUGGACAACACACGAAGGUCACGGAGGAUUUCUGAGCGGAACAAGCACUUUAACUACAGCUGGUAACUCUUUGAAGGGUUGGUUUUGCGGUUUUCUUAGACACCUGGAUUUCUUCUCCAUUAACUCCCCUCUUCAUACCCGAGUCAGUGGAAAUUUUUAAAUCCCUUUAUAAUGUAUGAGACAGAAAAUAUAUUGUAUAGUAUAUUGAUUCUGAAUGGUUUGUAAGAUACUACCAUUUUGUUAACUGUUACUCAUUAGCAUUUUCCAGUCACAGUUCUGACCUGCUCUGUAUGUAACUGUCAGGUCCAGCUGAGCUUUCUUAGACCCAACUGUGUUGAUUUAAUGGAAAGCUAGGAUUUUAAGCGUUGUAACUAAAAUCAAAGCCCAAAGUUAGCUGAAAACUAAAAAAAAAAUUGACUUAACCAAAAAGUACUAGCUGUUCUAAAUAUUGUUCUCUUUUAUGAACGGUGCAAUUACCUAUCUGCCCUAUGAAUUUUAUCUAACGGGUUGGUGAAUGCAUAUGAAAUAAAUACAUUGUGUUUUUUUUAUAGUAUCACAAUAAAGCACAAUAAAGUAAUAGUUUUAUCAA